GAACACCAACAACAACAAAAAAAAAUAAAGAAAAGAAAAGUGAAAAGAAAUGAAUAAUACAACUUCUGUAAAUAAUUUAACAAUUAUACGUUCAUAUUUUGAAUUUCAUGCACGUUUUGGAUUGGAACGUUUAUGGAUAACAAUUAUUAUAUUAAGUUUAUUAAUAUUAUGCACAGUAAUUGGGAAUGUAUUUGUUGUAGCAGCUAUUUUAUUGGAAAAACAUUUACAAGGGGUUUCCAACUAUUUGAUAGCCAGUUUAGCUGUUGCCGAUUUAAUGGUUGCAACACUUCCAAUGCCAGUAGCUGCUAUCUAUGAAAUCUCUGAAGAUUGGUGGUUAGGUGAAGCAUUAUGUGAUUUCUGGGUAUGUUCCGAUGUAUUAUGUUGUACAGCAUCAAUACUUCAUUUAGUCGGUAUAGCAUUAGAUCGUUAUUGGGCUGUUACAAAUGCAGAAUAUAUUCGUCGAAGAACAGGUCGUCGAAUAGGAAUUAUGAUUGGAAUAUUUUGGUUUUUAUCUGUAUUAAUUUCAAUUCCAGCAAGAUUUCAUACUACAAGAUCAUAUAAUUAUGGUGGUUAUUCAUCUAAUUUAGAUUUAAAUGAACCACCAAGUUGUCGAAUUAAUCAAGAACAUGGUUAUACAGUAUUUUCAAAUAUUGGUGCAUUCUAUAUGCCAAUGAUAUUUAUUAUAGGUAUAUAUGCAAGAAUUUAUCAAGUAGCUAGAGCACGUAUUAGACGUUCAGCAUUUAAACAAUCAGGAACAACUAAUCUAUGUAUGAGUCAAUGGAAACAGCCAAAAUCUAAACAACCACAACAUCAGCAUUCAUUCAGACAUCAUUUAAACACAUAUUGGUGUAAUUGUCGUCAUAAUUACAAAAAUAGAAACUCUGUUAAAUUAAUUCCUACUAGAAAUACUAAUACUAAUACAAAUCAAGAGAAUCCAUCAUCAUCACAAGUAGCAGAUACAGAUUGUACAAUGAUUGGAAGAAAAACAAUUACACAUACAGAGACAUCAACAAUAACAAUGAUAAAUAAUCAAAAUACUACUACUAAUAAUAAUAGUAAUAAUAAUAAUACUUUUAAUAAUGUUCAAGUAUCUAUACCAUAUGUUGAUGAUAUGGAAACUAAAUCCAAUUAUUAUCAAUCUAAUAAUAAUAAUAUUAAUAAGAAUCCUAGUUAUACUAGACAAAUCAUAUUACAUCAUUGUGAUAAACAAAGCCCUAACAACAAUAAUGAUGAAUACACAUUGAAUAUUUACAAGGAACAUUGUUUACAUAAACAUGAAAUGAAAUUCAAUUAUAAACACAUUAAAAAAUCUAAUUCUUUUAAUAAUCUUAAUUCUAUAAUCAAUUAUAAUUCAUAUAAACAUACUUUAUUAUCUAAAUAUAGGAAUUCAGCUCCAUCAAUUCUUUUACAUUUAAAUCAUUCUAGUACAUUUUUCACUGAAUUAACUAAUUCUAAUACACAAUUAAUUGAAUCAUCUACAGAGCAUACAAAUUCAAUGAUAUGGUCAUCAUCUUCAUCAUCAUUACCAUUAACACCAUCAUCUUCAUUUUCAGAAUCAUCAUCUUUUCCUAUAGAUGAUCAUUAUCGACAACAAACUCUUCAUCAUCAACAUCAUCAUCAUCAUAGACAUCAAGAUAAUCAUCAUUCUCAUAAACAUCUUCAUGAAUCUAAUAUAAAACAUAAACGAAAUAAAUUUAAAAAAUCAAUGAAAGAUCAAAAUCAUUAUUUCAAUAUACGGAGAAUUUUUUCACCAUGUUGUUCUACUACUUCACCAUCUUCAAAUCAACAUGUUCAAUCAUAUCAAACGAAUAAAUAUUUAUCAUAUUGUUGUGUAAAUAAACAUAAACAUUACACAUUACAUCACAUUACGUCGAGUAAUAAUAAUAAUAAUAAUAAUAAUAAUGAAGAAGGAUUGUAUUUAGAGUCAAUAAAUGAGACUUCUAACUGUACACAUUCAUAUUAUAAACGGAAUACUGUUAGCCCCACUCAUACUACUACUACAAUUAACAAUAAUAAUAAUAAUAAAUAUAUAAGAACUGAUAAUCAUAUCUCAUUGAAAUCAUCAAAGAAUCAAUUGAAUGUACGAAAGAAAUUACGUCAUAUGUUCCCUUCACAUAACAAUAGUAAUAAUAACAAUAAUAAUAAUAGUAAUAAUAAACAUAUAAUAACUCAAUCUACAUCCAAUUUACCAUCUAGUAAUAAUAAUAAUACAGAUAUAUUAACCAUAAAUAAAAAUAAUAAUGAAUUAAAUAUACCAUUACAUAUACCACCACCACCACCACCGCCAACAACAACAACAAUCACUACAUCAUUAACAUUAAAUGAUGAAACAACAAUCAUAUCAAAUUUAAUACCAAUACAACAAACUCAAUUAAAUCGUGAACGUUUAGAAGCUAAACGUGAACGUAAAGCAAUAUUAACAUUAGCUAUUAUAACUGGUUGUUUUUUAUUAUGUUGGUUACCAUUUUUUAUUGUUGCAUUAAUAUCACCAUUUAUAAAUCAUUUAAAAAUAACAAAAUUUGGUCAAAGUAUGAUAUUAUGGUUAGGUUAUUCAAAUUCAUUAUUAAAUCCAAUUAUAUAUACAAUAUUUUCACCAGAUUUUCGUAAUGCAUUUAGAAAAAUUUUAUUUGGACGAUAUAAUUUACGUUCAUUAUCAAGAUAAUGAUUAGUUGAUUAUUAAACAUGAUCAAUAUAGUAGUCAUGGUAAUGGAAAAAAAAAGAAAAAAAAAGCAAGAAAAAGAACAACAACAAGAAGAAUAAGAAAAGGAAAAAAAAGAACACAUAACAGAAAGUAUCUAUUCCUACAACAAAAAUUGAUCGAAAAAAAGCACAACAACAAGAACAACAAUAAACAAACAACUUAACAACAAAAAUAAUCGCAUUCAUUUCAUUAUGUUCCUUAUGAACAUUUUCAUGAAUUGGCUUUAUGUUCAUUCAUAAUAUUUAUAUUAGAUAUUGUCAAUAUGAAUGAUUGAAUGAUGAUGAAAAAAGGUUAUCCUUUGAGUUAUUUAUAUUGGUUAUCUAAUAAUUAUAAUUAAAACAUUCCAUAUACCAUAUUUUCUGUAUAGAGAUAAUCAAAAGUAUCCUAUGAAGUGAUGCCCUAUAGUUCAUAUGUUAAGAGUUUAUGAUUGAUUAUAAACUAAUAUUAUCUCUCCAACUACUAGUUGAAUUUCAAUUUAUAUGUAAACUUUUGAAGAAUAAGAAGAAGAAGAAGAAGAGAAAGAAGAAAAAAAACACUGUAAAUGUGUCUGUUUUGCCCUGUUUACACAAUUUUACACAUAUAUACAUGUAUUUUUUUUAAGCUUUUCCACGCCUUAUUUCAAUGUAUGCAUAUAUUUAUAAGGAUCUCUCCCUCGCUCUUCCCCCCCUCUCUCUCUUUCCCUAUAUCUAUAUAUAAAGCAAUGUAAUUUUCCACAGUAUAUGAUAUCAUUGUAAAAUGCAAAUGUCUGGUAAUUUCUUUAUUAACUUGUUAAUUG